AUGAAGCUCCAUUCCCUCCUUGUAGCCUCUCCUCUGCCAGGCCUGGUCUGGGCUCAAGGUCAAUUCAACUACAUUGGCACUUCCUCAUCUGAAUGUCACGCCAUCAAUGCAACCCAGGCAGGCACCGUCGUUCAAGCCGCAGCUCUCGAACCAGCCAACAUAUCUAUCCCUGUCAAUAUAGCAAUCACAGAUCCAUCUGGCCUGCUCGUUGCAUUCCUAAGGACAGAGAAUGUUUUUUCGGGGUCCAUUGAUAUAUCGCAGAACAAGGCUCGGACAGUCUCGCUCUUGAACGGCGCUUUCACCAUCGAGACUCUGUACAACAACUUACCCGGUGCGUCACUGUGCCGGAUCGAGGAAACCUGCGGCGGGUUGGCUGUCUUUGGAGGUGGCUUGCCGAUUUCAUCCACGGUUUAUUCGUCGGAGCGAUUGGGGUCAGUGGUAGGUCAACCGAUCAAGACGUACAGAUAG